ACGCAUCCUAGAAACUGGCGGUCCGAGCUUUGACGACCGUUAAAGACGAAGGACACUAAUACCAUACUUCCAACUCUAAAGCUGCAGCUUGUACAUAUCGCCUCCAGCAGAUAUAAGUCGUCCGCACUGGAUUCACCGCAACUUUCGAAUAUUUUCAUAUUGUCACCAUGACGCAACUCCCAUAUGCAAUCGACGCCGAGACGCCACUCAACCCGGCAGAGCUGGGGGUGUUGAGGGCGCAGUACGAAAAAGAGGGCGAGAUGGUGGGCGUCCAGACCAAGUUCAACUACGCAUGGGGCCUAGUAAAAUCAAAUGUGCGUUCCGACCAGCACCUCGGCGUGAUGUUGCUCUCCGAGAUCUUCCGGACAUCCCCUGAGCGGCGCCGCGAGUGCCUCUACUACCUCGCGCUGGGCAACUACAAGCUGGGCAACUACGGUGAAGCGCGGAGAUACAACGACCUCCUGCUCGAGAAGGAGCCGGGCAACCUGCAGGCAACAAAUCUACGGUCGCUGAUCGACGACAAGGUGGCCAAGGAAGGGCUCAUGGGCGUGGCCAUCGUGAGUGGCGUGGCGGUUGUGGCUGGUAUUCUUGGGGGGGUGUUGCUGAGGAAUUUGGGACGCAAGAGAUGAAUGGCGAGAUGGCUCUUCCACGGGAGGUCGUAAUUCUAGAGACGGAGAACCGAGCAUAUCCCCGGUGUUGCGGUGGGUAUUGUAUUUCAUGUACGACAAGAGAUGGCAUCACGGUUUCACUUUGGCGUAGAUACUGAAUACCUAGGUAAAGGCAGGAUACCACUCAUACAACCUAUCAGCUUGGGUUAUGGAACACCUGAGCGCACUGGAGGUUCUGUGGCAUCGCCUUUCCAUUUGGAUGCGCUCAACGGCCACGUUCUCGGUUACCCCGCGUUCAGGCCUGAGGGAUGCCACGAGGAUGGCCCGAGGCAGCUUGGCCUGCCGUAUAUCGGUCAUUGGAUCCUGGAGCUGAGGCUGACACUUAUCCCGAUAGGCCGCUGCAUGCAAGGUUCGGCGAGUUGGGCACUCUUUGAUAGCACUGCAUGGACGUGUUGUGUGUCAAGGCCUUAUGACCCG